AGGUUUUAUGAAUUAAGUGUAAUAUUAUGAACGAUACAAUACAAAAUGUUCGUCUUUCAAGCGGCUAUGUUAUGCCUCUUAUUGGAUUUGGAACAUAUCGAAUUCAAGGGAGAGAUGUAAUAUACGAAGUAAUUGAUGAAAGUUUAAAAGUAGGAUUUCGUUCUAUUGAUACAGCUGCCGUUUAUCGAAAUGAAGAAGAUAUUGGCUAUGCUUUAACAAAAUUAUUGCCAAAAUAUAAUCUUCAAAGAAGUGAUAUUUUUAUUACAACUAAACUCUCUCCAAGUGAUAAUGGAAAUCUAAAGGAAAUAGAACAAUCUGUGCAAAGGUCCCUUAAAGCUCUUAAUACCACAUACAUUGACCUGUAUUUAAUUCAUUGGCCUGGGGCAACUGGUACAUUAGAAUCUUCUACAAAUAAUCCAAAUUUAAGAACAAAGACUUGGAACAAGUUAGUAGAUAUCCAGAAACAAGAAUUUGUAAGAUCUAUAGGUGUGUCUAAUUAUACAAUAAAUCACCUUGAAGAAUUAUUGCAAAAUUGCAAAGGUGUGCCACCAGCUGUUAAUCAAGUGGAAUGUCAUCCACAUUAUUGCCAAAAAGAAUUAAUUAAAUAUUGUAACCAAAAAGGAAUUCAUGUACAAGCAUAUUCUUCCUUAGGAACUAGUACUAGUACCAAUCUUUUAAGAGACCCUGUUGUUACAAAUAUAGCUUCCCAACUUAAAGUACCACCAGCACAAUUAUUGUUAAAAUGGGCUUUGCAACAAGGAAUUGGUAUUAUUCCAAAAGCUGUGAAGAAAGAACAUAUAAGAGACAAUAUAUUGUUAAAUUUUGUAAUUGAUGAAGAAAGUAUGAAGAUUUUAUUUUCUCUACCUCAGUAUAAAUAUGCUUGGGAUCCUUCCAAUGUUUUUUAG